AUGCAACCUAUCUCUCUGUCUACUGCAUGUCUGGUUUUCCUGCUGCUCGCGAGAGCCGUGGUCGGAGUUGCUAUAGGCUUGGAUCCGCGGCUGGUUGACCUCGGGUACGCGCGCUAUCGGGGGUUAUACGAUGCCAAGCGCGGUCUCGACAUCUGGAGAGGCAUCCGCUAUGCCGCUCCUCCCGUUGGCCCCUUACGCUGGCAGAUGCCACAGCCGCCCCUUGAUGAGAGCGCUGUUGGAAUUAUCGACGCAACAGACCUACCGCCACUCUGCCCACAGGCAGGUGCCUUUGCCACGCCCGUCGAGUACGGCUUCAAUGGCGGGCCAGGUGCAAACGGCCUGCCUGUCCUCGUCUGGAUCCAUGGGGGCGGUUACUCUCUCUUCGGAGCACGCUACGAUCCAAGUGGCUGGAUCGCUGCUGGUGGUUACCGCUUCGUGGCCGUGGAGAUCCAGUAUCGGCUUGGUGCAUUUGGAUUUCUUGCCUCGCGAGAAGUCAGAGCCAAAGGCCAGCUCAAUGCUGGCCUGCUGGACCAGCGCCGAGCUCUUCAAUGGGUGCAGCAGUACAUCGCACACUUUGGAGGAGAUCCGAGCCGGGUGACUGUGGCCGGCGAGUCGUCAGGAGCAGGCUCGACUCUACAUCAAGCUCUUGCUUACGGUGGCCGUGACGAAGGUCUUUUCUCCAAUAUCUACAUGUCAAGCCCAUGUCUGCCACCGAUUUAUGCGUACAAUGAUGAGUAUCCAACGGAACAUUUUCGUAAAUUCGCGGAACUAGCAGGGUGUGCCAGCAGGGCGACAGCACAAAGUUGUGGCGAUCUCGUCUUCGAGUGCUUAGUCGCAGCUGACACCAGUGUGUUGCAAAAUGCGAGCGAAGCAGUUGCCGCUACGCAGGGGUAUUUCGGCAGUUUCGCAUGGCUGCCCGUGGUCGAUGGUCGCUUUGUUAGAAGCAGGCCCACAUCGCAGCUUUUAGAGGGCCGGGUGGCCGGCAAGCGUAUUUUGGUCGGUACCAAUGCCAACGAAGGUGUGCCCUUGACCAACCCAAGAGUCAACAACAAACAGCAGUACGACGAUUUCAUCAGAUCACAAUACCCAAAUUUGAACGCGGCCGAUCAUGCCCACAUUGAAGGGCUUUACCGCGUUGACGAUGCUCUCGAAUAUGGUUCUCGGAUGAUAUUUGAUACGACAGGCAAUUCCGCGCCAUCUGCGCUACUACAAUCGGGCAUGGCCACGGGGAUACAGCAAACUGUGUUCAACAUGGCUGCAGAAACGACAUUUGCUUGUCCCGCUCAGUGGCUGUCGGAAGCUCUCAGUCGCCAUAACCGCUCAGUAUGGAGAUAUCAGUACUCCUUGACGGCAUCGUACCACGGCGCAGAUCUCGCUGCUAUUUUCAAUCUUGGCUUGGGCUUCACCAGCAUUGCUCCAGGUUUUCGCCAUGCGUUGCAGAACAUGCUGUCCGCAUUUAUUACCAACGACUGCCCUACCAUCCCAGCCGAUAUCGCUACUGGGUACAAAGAGAACGCCUCAGUUCCCCUGCAUAUGAGUAUGGCUGUCUCAGAAGAAGUCACUGCUUGA